AUGUCCGCCUCAAACCCCUUCUACGUGCUUGACUACGACUCAGACUCGGAUGAGCCAACCGUGGCCAGUAUUGAGAGCGGCCCAGCCCUCGGUCCGAGCUCGCAGUACUACAGCGCCAGCCACAGCUAUCGCCGUGACACCAAGCCCCGUAGUAGCGGCUCCGUCCUGUCACCUGACGUUGAGCUGGAGACGUACAGGCUCAGGCCUGGCCUCGUUAUCGAACCGGGUGACACAGUCGAGUUGAUCGACCACUCAGAGCAAGAUGCAGCCGGAAACCACAGUGGUGAUUUCCUACAGGUGAAGCAGAUCAUCAAGGAUCUCAGCACAGACGAAGUCCGUCUACGUGGGCUCCCACUGCGAAGGACGAAAUACGUCGGCCAGGUCUUUGACUGGAGGCUCAACGAGCUCGCUAUGGUCCUUCAGGUGAGCGCAGACGAUGAUCGGAAUCCACUUGUUGCAGGACUCAAAGACGUCGUGGUCGACGAGGUCUUCGGAAAACGAGAAUGCGUCUUUACGCACAAGUGCUACCCACUUCAGUCGUGGCAGAUCCAGCCCGGAUGGAAUCGCUACUCAACCUCCAAAGCACAAGCCAUUCGCAAUGUCUUCUACAACGGACCCCUUUGCUGUCGCGUUGUAUAUAUCCGGUUCAUGAAUCGGAACGGCAAAGAUGCCAGCGGAGUGGUACGCCACUUGUAUGGCGUGGAGGUUGGCAACACUGAUGCUGCGCCAUCGCCAACGCGCCCAGGCCUAUCACAAGAGCACUCCCUGAUCAUCGAGGACGAUGAAGACGAGGACGCGGUGAUCGUGUCUGAAGUCCUCCAGAGUGAGCGCAAACGUCGAGCAAGGGCUGACUCGGUCGAAGUCAUCGAGUCCCCUCCAAAGCGCAGAUCACCACUACCCAUCAAGGGAGUUCGAUAUACCUUUGGUGACGUAUUCUGUGGGGUAGGAGGUGCAUCUCAAGGAGCCGUCCAGGCAGGCCUACAUGUCUGCUGGGGUCUGGACAAUGACGAGGACGCCAUCACAGCCUACCAUUUGAACCAUGGUGGUGCUCUGCCUUUUUGUGAGAACGCGCACAAAUUCUCGCCACGUGGAUUCUGUGCAAAAGACCUCCACGUCGAUAUUCUCCACCUCUCUCCGCCGUGCUGCUACUGGAGUCCGGCCCACACGCACGAAGGUCCAAACGACCAGGCUAACUAUGAGGCAAUAUACACUGUUGGCCCCAUCCUGAGGGCCAUAAAGCCGCGAGUGGCCACACUCGAGCAGACAUUUGGUCUCAUGACGCACGAGCAACAUCAGAAGAACUUCAAGAUGCUUCUGAAUGACAUUGGCCAGGCUGGAUAUGAUCUACGCUACAAGAUUCAGGACAUGUCCAAGUUGGGUCUUGUCCAGAGACGCAAGAGACUGCUCAUUAUUGCCGCUCGUCGCGGCACUCCCCUACCACCUUUCCCGGAAGAAACCCACGGUGAGCCUGGUAGCGGUCUGAAGCCGUUCACAUUCAUCAAGGAUGCCUUGCGUGUUAUGGAGCGCCUUGGUCCACGUGCAUCCGACGACCCUUACCACCAGCCCAAGCCAAUGGCCAGUGCCAAGACACCCUACGACCCCCGAAGCUUUCUCAAGGGAUGCAUCACGACCGGCGGCGGCGACAACUACCAUUUCAGUGGCAAGCGUAGAUACACCCCACGAGAGAUGGCACUCUUCCAGAGCUUCCCGUACGAGUACCAAUUCUCUGGUCGACCAUCGCAGGCUAUGAAGCAGGUCGGGAACGCUUUUCCACCCGGCAUCGCGGAAGCCAUGUACAGGACCAUCAGAAUGACACUCGAGGCAUACGACGAUGGCUUGAUCGGUGCAGAAGACGACCUCACAGAUCUUGAGGGCAUCUUUGCACAGCUGCGCCUGGCGUCGACCAGACCUUCGGUACCGCCUACGCCGCACACCUUCUUUGACGGCAGUUCAGAUGCCCGAGCCUCUGUCGGUAUUACUACUGCAAAGAACGAGAAAACCCAUGACGCUGAUAGCGACGAUGACGAAGUGGUCUUCCUUGGAAGCACCAGGCGUAACUGA